AGUUUGCUCCCCAAAACACCAAGCUCAGGCCUUCGAGAGAGAGAGAGGUGAGAGAGAGAGCGAGACUCACAGAUAAUAGAAAAGCGAGAAACAGAGACAGGAAGAAAGAAAGUUUUGAUUUUUUUUCGCAGCCACCGUUUAAGACCAUAUAUAGUUUAUACAUAACAUACAUAUACAUAUACAUACAUACGCAUUCUCUACAUGAUGGGUAUUCUGUAAACCAUUUUACCCCACCUUCACCUUCGCUGUACACUCACAUCUUCAUUUCUCAAACCCUAGAUCUUAUACUGUUGUUUAUCUUUUUCUUGUUUUUCUUUUCUCUUUUUACAUUGAUGUUAAACUGUAACCAUUUGCAGAUAAACCCCACACUUAAUACACUUUUAAUUCUCCGUAAUCCCGUUCUUAGAUCUGCACAAUUCUCACCUCCAUUUUGCGCAUUUCCCUUUAGUUACUUACAAUUCCCACCAACACCGUUAGAUGAGAAUUAUAUUUGAUGAUGUGGUUUCUGGAUCGGUUAAGAACUAACUACCCACUUCUUAAUAUGCCUGAAUUUACUUCAUUUUUCUUGUGAAUUUAGUGAUGUAUGUUGCCAAUUUUGCGGAGAACGUUUAAUGAUGUCUAAAGUUUAUUCCUUUUCGAUGUUGAGAUUUUGGUGAUUGAUUCCACGUGAUCCGCUUAAAUUGAUCCCAGAUUUUACGUUUUUGUUUGGUAGAUUGGAAUAGAUCUGGGAUUUUUGUUCUGAUGCUUUAUGUGUGGUAGUUUUGGAUUUUUAGUUACUGGAUUAUCAAAUGGCAAUGCCACCGGGAAAUGUGGUCAUGUCGGAUAAAAUGCAGUUUCCUGCUGGCGGUGGUGGUGGCGGCGGCGGCGGCGGCGGAGUUGGAAAUGAGAUCCACCAGCAGCACCACCACCAUCGCCACCAGUGGUUCCCCGUGGAUGAACGUGAUGGGUUCAUCUCGUGGCUGAGGGGGGAGUUUGCAGCUGCCAACGCUAUCAUUGACUCCCUCUGCCACCACCUGCGAGCUGUUGGGGAACCCGGUGAGUAUGACUUAGUUAUAGGGUGUAUACAGCAGAGGAGGUGUAAUUGGAAUCCUGUGCUGCAUAUGCAGCAGUACUUCUCAGUGGGGGAGGUGAUUGUUGCAUUGCAGCAGGUGGCAUUAAGGAAGCAACAGCAGCAACAUCAGAGGUACUAUUAUGAUCAGCCGAAAGUUGGAGGGAAGGAGUUUAAGAGAUCUUCUAGUGCGGGGUUUAACAAAGGACAAAGGGGUGGUGGUGAUGUAGUGAAAGAAGCUAUUAAUUCUAGUGUAGGAUGUAACAGUUUUGAUGGGAAUUCUUCAGGAAAUAUUGGGAAUGAGAAAUUUGAGGAGAUAAAAUCAGGAGGCGAUGUGGGGAAAUUGGAGGACAAGAGUCAAGCACUUGCUGAGGAUAAGAAAGAUAACAUGAAGCCUCAUAUAGAUAACCACUUGAAGAGUUCAGGAAAUUCAGAAGGAACCUUGUCUGAGAGUUUGGAAGCAGAGACUGAGGCUGUGGAUGAGCAAUCCAGCCCUAAAGAGAAUGAUCCACAUUCCAGUCAAAAUCAGAGUGUGAAGCAGAACCUCACUAUGACCCCAAAAACAUUUGUUGGUGCAGAGAUGGUUGAUGGAAAGACGGUUAACGUGGUUGAUGGACUCAGAUUCUAUGAAGAAUUGCUUGAUGAUGUGGAAAUCUCAAAGCUUGUUUCAUUGGUUAAUGAUAUGAGAGCCUCAGGGAGAAGAGGACAAUUACAAGGUCAAACAUUUGUGGUCUCGAAGAGACCUAUGAAGGGACAUGGUAGAGAGAUGAUUCAAUUGGGUCUCCCCAUAGUGGAUGCACCUGCUGAAGAUGAAAAUGCUGCAGGGACUUCUAAAGAUCGCAGAAUAGAAUCUAUCCCAGCCUUGCUGCAAGAGGUCAUUGAUCGUUUCGUAAGCAUGCAGAUAAUUGCCAUGAAACCAGACUCUUGCAUAAUUGACAUAUAUAAUGAGGGCGACCACUCACAGCCUUACAUGUGGCCUCCGUGGUUUGGAAAGCCUGUUUCUGUGCUUUUCUUGACAGAAUGUGACCUCACUUUUGGGAGAGUAAUCACGGCAGACCAUCCUGGGGAUUACAGAGGCUCUCUCAAGCUGCCUCUUGCACCCGGAUCCCUCCUUGUGAUGCAAGGCAAAUCCACAGAUGUUGCUAAACAUGCAAUUCCUGCAAUUCGAAAACAACGCAUACUUGUUACCUUCACGAAAGCUCAACCCAAAAAUUUUGCACAAAGUGAUGGCCAACGGCUACCCUCCUCUGCUGCAGCCUCAUCCACUCACUGGGGUCCGCCACCAAGUAGAUCACCAAAUCACAUUCGCCAUCCCGUUCCCAAGCAUUAUACAGCGAUUCCAACGACUGGUGUGCUGCCAGCUCCAGCCAUUCGGCCACAAAUUCCCCCUCCAAAUGGUGUUCAACCGCUCUUUGUGACUGCUGCUGUUGCAGCUCCAAUGCCUUUCCCUGCACCUGUUCCUAUUCCAUCUGUUUCAACAGGAUGGCCGGCAGCUCCUCCAAGGCAUCCUCCAAAUCGUCUCUCUGUCCCUGUUCCAGGCACCGGUGUUUUCCUUCCACCACCAGGUUCUGGAAAUGCAUCAUCUCCACAGGUAUCAACAAGUGAAAUAAACUUCCCUGUGGAGGCAACAUCAUCUCUGCCAGAUAAGGAGAGCGGAACAGGGAAAUCAAAUCUUGUUACAUGUGCUUCUCCUAAAGAGAAAUUGGAUGGGAAGACUCAAAGACAAGAUUGUAAUGGGAAUCCAGACGUAAGAGUUGGGACAAAGGAAGAACAGGGAAGUGUGGAUCAUACUGUGGUCGACAAGUCAGCUGGAACAGUUUAGGGAGAGAGAGAAUAUUUUGUGAAAAGGGUAGGCUGCCAUUGCAAUGAGUUUGAAUCAAAAUGUAAAAAGCGGCGACAUUGGAGACAUGAACACUUGAUACUAGUAGGUGGACCAAAGGGUAGGAGGAAGAACUUCUCCCUUCUCAUAGCAAUCCCUUUGUUUUCUUUACCCCUUUUUUUUUUUGGUUUUCUUAUUAUGUCAACUCUUACAGUAGGUGGAAACCUCAUCCUCAAUUCAACUUUUUGUCAGAAUUUUUGUUAUACAAGUGGUUCACGUCUA